UCACCCAAAGCUCACUUUUUCUUACAUUCUCUCUCUCUCUCUCUCUCUACAAUUCAGCUGAACUCUGCAAGGAAGAGAUCUCUGCAACUUCACAUAAAAGCAAGGAAUUCUCGGAGAGACCAGGCUGUUGGGUUUCCCAAAGAAUAUUGGCCAGAUAAGUUUAGUUAUAUUAGCGGCAAAGUAGGAGUAAAACAAGCCUGUUUUGUCGGUGUCAGUGUAUGGAGCUUGAUGCUAUACUUCGUUCGCACUUUCGAUGUUGGGUUAUAUCUCACAACCAAAGCAUUCAAAGAUCAGGAGCUUAUCAAGGUGUAAUCUUUAGAAUGAAUGCAUGAAUCGCGUCUCAGUAGAAUUGGUGUAAAUUAGUAUUUUUGUCUCUUUUCCUGUGUUUUGUAUUUCAUUUUGUUGAUGAUUUAAUUCUAUAUGCAUUGGGGGUACAUGAAUAUUUCCAUAUUGCAACUAAUAAGAAUUUGAGUUUAGAGAAGUAGCUGUGAGUUUGUGACUUAUUUGGUUGUUCUGGAGAGGGAAAAGAGAAAUGUGGAUGGUGAGGUGAGGGGGGUUUGAUAGCUUAUUGGUUUUCUUUGGGAAAAAAGGAGGAGACCCAUUUGUUGUUGAGGUGUAAAAAUGCCAGAAGGGCGGAGGAGAGGGAUACAUUUUAGCAAAAUCUAUUCAUUUGCUUGUUGUCGGUCGAAGUUCGAAGAACAGCAUGCCCAAAUUGGGAAGAGAGGGUACUCGAGGGUAGUGUAUGUUAAUGAUCCGGAUAAUCCCGAGGCAGUUCAGUCGAAGUACAGGGGAAAUUAUGUGUCCACUACUAAGUAUACGUUGGCUAAUUUUGUUGCCAAGUCUUUGUUUGAGCAGUUUAGGAGGGUUGCAAAUAUGUACUUUCUUGUUGUGGCUUGCGUUUCAUUUAGUCCUUUGGCACCUUAUUCAGCACUUAGUGUUCUUGGACCAUUGUUACUGGUGAUUGGAGCUACUAUGGCCAAGGAAGGCGUGGAAGAUUGGAGACGAAGAAUGCAGGAUAAAGAGGCAAAUAAUCAAAAGGUAAAAGUGUAUGGUAGAAAUUAUACGUUCAAUGAGACGAAAUGGAUGAAACUUCGAGUUGGUGAUCUCAUAAAGGUGUGCAAGGAUGAAUACUUCCCUGCUGAUUUAAUUCUGCUUUCAUCAAGCUAUGCGGAUGGGAUUUGUUAUGUUGAGACUAUGAACCUUGAUGGAGAGACUAAUUUAAAAUUGAAGCAUUCCUUGGAGGUGACAUCCCAUCUUUGUGAUGAAAAAUCCUUCCAAAAAUUUAGAGCAGUGAUCAAGUGUGAGGACCCUAAUGAACAUUUAUAUUCAUUUGUUGGAACUUUGUGCUAUGAUGGCAAAGAAUACCCACUUUCCUUAAAAAAUAUGCUUUUAAGAGAUUCUAAGCUUAAAAACACUGAAUAUAUUUACGGUGUCGUGGUUUUUACGGGACAUGAUACAAAAGUGAUGCAGAAUGCUAUAGAUCCUCCUUCGAAGAGAAGUAAAAUUGAGAAGAAAAUGGAUAAGAUAAUCUACGUACUUUUCAGUGUUCUGAUAUUGAUAGCUUUUGUUGGAUCUGUGUUUUUCGGAAUUGAAACCAAAAAAGAUAUUAGUGAUGGAAGGUAUAGAAGGUGGUAUCUUCGUCCAGAUGAUACAACUGUGUUUUUUGACCCCAAAAGAGCAUUACUUUCUGCCUUUCUUCACUUCUUAACAGCCCUUAUGUUGUAUGGAUACCUUAUACCGAUAUCUUUAUAUGUAUCCAUUGAGAUUGUGAAGGUUUUACAGAGUAUUUUCAUUAACCAAGAUCAGGAUAUGUAUCAUGAAGAAACAGAAAGGCCAGCACAAGCUCGCACUUCUAAUUUGAAUGAGGAACUUGGUCAGGUGGAUACAAUACUGUCUGACAAAACAGGCACUUUGACAUGUAAUUCCAUGGAGUUUGUUAAAUGUUCAAUAGCAGGCACUGCUUAUGGCCAUGGUAUGACAGAAGUGGAGAGGGCACUGGCGAGGAGGAGGGGGGAUGCACUGCCUGAAGCUAGUGAUGUAUUAUCUGAUGUACAAGGCCAUGAUGGUGAUCCUGUGGACUCCAGAAAGUCAAUUAGGGGUUUCAACUUUAGAGAUGAACGCAUCAUGAAUGGGAAGUGGGUUAAGGAACCUCAUUCAGAUAUCAUACAGAAAUUCUUUCGGGUCUUAGCAAUAUGUCAUACUGCUAUUCCUGAGGAAAAUAAAGGGGCAGGAGAAAUUUCAUAUGAAGCUGAGUCACCGGAUGAAGCAGCUUUUGUCAUAGCAGCGAGGGAGAUUGGCUUUGAGUUUUUUAAAAGGACGCAAUCAAGCAUAUGGUUGUGGGAGUUAGAUUAUGAGACCAGCAAUAGGGUUGUCAGAAAAUAUGAGGUUCUUCAAGUCUUAGAGUUUAGUAGUUCUCGCAAAAGAAUGUCCGUAAUUGUAAGAAAUGAAGAAAAUCAGUUGUUGCUCCUUUGCAAGGGGGCGGACAGUGUAAUGUUUGGAAGGCUUUCAAAAGACGGGCGGCUUUUUGAGUCUCAAACCAAGGAUCACAUUAAAAAAUAUGCCGAAUCCGGACUACGAAUCAUGGUAACUGCAUACCGUGAGCUGGGUGAAGAGGAAUAUAGACCAUGGGAAGAAAAGUUUCAAAAGGCCAAAACAUCUCUCAUUGCAGACCGUGAUAUAUCGGUAGAUGAACUUGCUAAUGAGGUUGAAAGGGAUUUGACUCUUCUUGGCGCUACAGCCAUUGAAGACAAACUACAAAAGGGGGUUCCUGAAUGUAUUGAGAAACUUGCCCAAGCUGGAAUUAAGAUAUGGGUAUUAACUGGUGAUAAAAUGGAAACAGCUGUUAAUGUUGGGUAUGCUUGUAGUUUACUUAGACAAGAUAUGAAACAAAUUGUGAUCACCCUUGAUUCGCCAGAUAUUGAUGCCUUGGAAAAACUAGGAGAUAAGGAUGCCAUUGCACAGGCUUCAUUCAAAAGCAUAGGGAAGCAAAUUAGUGAAGGAAUAUCUCAGAUAAAUUCAGUUGAAGAAAGUGCUGAGUUUGGCCUAAUAAUUGAUGGAAAGUCCUUGGAGCAUUCUCUGAAAAAGAAUGUGGAGAAGUCAUUCUUUGAUCUUGCAAAAAAAUGUUCUUCCGUUAUAUGCUGCCGAUCUUCACCCAAGCAGAAAGCUCUUGUCACGAGAUUGGUAAAAUUGGAAACGGGUAAGACAACACUCUCUAUUGGUGAUGGGGCAAAUGAUGUUGGCAUGCUUCAAGAGGCCGAUAUUGGAGUUGGCAUUAGUGGCGUUGAAGGGAUGCAGGCAGUGAUGGCAAGUGAUUUUUCAAUAGCGCAAUUCCGUUUUCUAGAACGUUUGUUGCUGGUACAUGGCCAUUGGUGUUACAGGCGAAUAUCAAUGAUGAUAUGCUACUUCUUUUACAAGAACAUAGCAUUUGGGUUUACUCUAUUUUGGUUUGAGGCCUAUGCUUCUUUCUCUGGUCAACCUGCAUAUAAUGAUUGGUACAUGUCAUUUUACAAUGUCUUCUUCACCUCGCUUCCUGUAAUUGCUCUUGGUGUUUUCGACCAGGAUGUUUCUGCACGAUUUUGCCUCAAGUACCCUAUUCUAUAUUUAGAGGGAGUAGAGAACCUCCACUUCAGCUGGCCCCGUAUACUUGGUUGGAUGUUUAAUGGAGUGAUAAGCUCCAUAAUAAUCUUCUUCUUCACAACCAAGUCGAUGAUUAACCAGGCCUUCCGAAGAGAUGGUCAAGUUGUUGACUUUGAGGUCCUCGGGGUCACAAUGUACACGUGUGUCGUGUGGGCUGUAAACUGCCAAAUGGCACUCUCCGUCAACUACUUCACUUGGAUCCAGCACCUCUUCAUCUGGGGCAGCAUCGCCUUCUGGUAUAUAUUCUUAGUCAUUUAUGGUUCUCUCCCGCCGAAUGUAUCAACGACAGCAUAUCGGGUUUUUACAGAAGCUUGUGCUCCAAGUGCUCUUUAUUGGUUGGUCACCCUUUUUGUUGUCAUUUGCACUUUGUUACCUUUGUUCUCUUAUAGAGCUUUCCAAACGCGAUUUAAACCAACGUACCUUGACAUAAUACAAAGAAAAAGGUUAGAAGACUUGGAGACUCAGAACUCUUCUGAAACUAGGCCAUUCAAGCAAAAACUACAUCGUCUUAGGGAGAGAUUGAGGCAGAGGGAAUUGUGAAAAACACACAACAUUUCUAAGCUUAUGUGAAACUGUGGAUAUUCGGUGUCUGUAUAUUGAAGAACAUCAUCUUUGUUCUGUACUGUGAAUGUACAUUGAAGGGAUUCUAUUUUUUUCAA